GGAGUUUGUGUGUGUGUGUGAGAGUGGAUCGAAUCGUGAUGAUAUUGAAUCCUGCCUCAGUGAUCGUUCCUCAGAGGCCGCCUCUGAGGAGAGUUCGCAUGGUUACCAACAUCAGCAGUACAGAGCAGUUGCGAACUCAACUGGACCAACUUCACUCUGAAGCAGAGAAAACUAGACUCAAAGCAAAUAAUGCAAGAUUAAGGCUUAUGAGAUUGUCAGAGGUGGCAGAGAAGCUUAAAAAGCAAGCAGCAAUUGAUGUUCGGCUUGGGAAGGAAAAUGAAGCAAGGGAACUGCUCAUUCAAAAAAAGAAAGUAAUGCAAGCUUUAGAGAAGUCAAAGUGCCGCAUUCAGUUUCUUGAUGAGCUUUCAGCAAAGCUUAAUGAGGCAAUUUCUGUAAAAGAGACACAGCUAAUUGGAAAUGUUGCUUUGGAUCUGGAAGUUGAAAGAGAAGAUGCUUCUGGUCCAAUUCGGAUCAUCUCUCUGCAGGAGGAGACAGAAUUUGAUGCAAAUAGAAAUGAAGACUUUAAGCCAGUUGUCAUGGACCUUAAUGAGGAUCAGCAAGAGCAGUUUACGACAGAAGCUCAAGCAAACCUUUUCAUUAACCAACAGCAAGAGGAUAUUGAAGAAAGUACUAUGAGCACAAGAAUUUGGAAUGAAGAGUGUAUAAGUAGCAGCUUGAAGGGUAUAUCCUCUUAUGAGAAUUUCCUAGAACAUGUGGAUCAACAGCUUAACAAAAUUGAAGUAGAAGUUGCCACUAUGUUACGCCUCUGGAUGUUUGUACUCGAAAGUGAAGAACAGACAAAAAAUUCAAAGGUGCAGCAUGCUGUUGAAAUCCUUGAGAACGUGCGUGGCAUUAGAGGGAGGAUUGCAAGUAUCAAGCAAGCAAAAGCAGAGAUCAGAUAGAAGCUUACAAAUUCUCUUCUCACAGAAAAGAUGUAGAUUUGAAGUUUGU